CCAGCUGGGGGCGAGCAGACCUCGAGCAGCCGCCGCCGCCGCCGCAGCCGUUGCGAUCGCAGCAGCGGGGUUCAGAGGCCCCGGAGGUGGGUGACUUCCCACACGGUGACUGAGAUGUCGUCCACUGCGGCUUUUUACCUUCUCUCCACCCUAGGAGGGUACUUGGUGACCUCAUUCUUGUUGCUUAAAUACCCGACUUUGCUGCACCAGAGAAAGAAGCAGCGAUUCCUCAGUAAACACAUCUCUCACCGUGGAGGUGCUGGAGAAAAUUUGGAGAAUACAAUGGAAGCCUUUCAGCAUGCAGUCACACUUGGAACUGAUAUGUUGGAAUUGGACUGCCAUAUCACAAAAGAUGAACAAGUUGUAGUAUCACAUGAUGAGAACCUGAAGAGAUCAACUGGGGUCAAUGUAAACAUCUCUGAUCUCAAAUAUUGUGAGCUCCCGUCUUACCUUGGUAAACUGGACGUCCCAUUUCAAAGAGCGUGCCAGUGUGAAGGAAAAGAUAACCGAAUUCCAUUACUGAAGGAAGUUUUUGAUGCCUUUCCUAAUACCCCCAUUAACAUCGAUAUCAAAGUCAACAACAAUGUGCUGAUUAAGAAGGUUUCAGAAUUGGUGAAGCAGUAUAAGCGAGAACACUUAACAGUAUGGGGUAAUGCCAGUUAUGAAAUUGUAGAAAAGUGCUACAAAGAGAAUUCAGAUAUUCCUAUACUCUUCAGUCUACAACGUGUUCUGCUUAUUCUUGGCCUUUUCUUCACUGGCCUCUUACCUUUUGUGCCCAUUCGAGAACAAUUUUUUGAAAUCCCAAUGCCUUCUAUCAUACUGAAGCUAAAAGAACCACACACCAUGUCCAGAAGUCAAAAGUUUCUCAUCUGGCUUUCCGAUAUUUUAUUAAUGAGGAAAGCUUUAUUUGACCACCUCACUGCCCGAGGCAUUCAAGUGUAUGUUUGGGUAUUAAAUGAAGAACAAGAGUACAAAAGAGCUUUCGAUUUGGGAGCAACUGGAGUGAUGACAGAUUAUCCAACAAAGCUCAAGGAUUUUUUACAUAAUUUUUCAGCAUAGAAAAAGGAAGUAUUCAAAGAAAACACAAAAAGACCUAAGAAAAUAAAAUUUCACCGUCAUUUCCCUAAGCUAUUUCCAGAAUGGUAAAAGUUUUAAUCAGUUAAGUUUUUAUUACCUCAUUUUUAAGCCUGUAUGAGAAUGUAGAAACAAUAUAUUGUAUAUUUAUUUCAAACAAUAUUGCAUAUUUCACAUUUGUAAAUUGUUUAGAAAGAUAACUUGUUUUGAGAUGUAAGUAGAUUAUUAAGAUGUCUGUAUAUACCAGUGUGGUGGAACAUUCCUGUAAUCCCAGCAGCUCGGGAGGCUGAGGCAGGAGAAUAACAAGUUUGAGGCCAGCCUCAGCAAUUUAGCAAGGCCUUAAGCAAUUUAGUGAGACCGUCUCAAAAUUAAAAAAAAAAUAAAAAAAUCUGUAUUUGAUGCUGUAUUCUACUAGUCUAAGUAAUUUUGAAAUCAAAGGCUAUUGGAUAAAUUUGUCAUUAGCUUUCACUGGAAUAAGAUCAACUAAUUUAGUAAAAGAAAAUUAUUGAAGGUCAUUAGAGCUGUUUCGCAUUGUUUCAUUAUCUCUAGAUACAUCUUAGUGAAAAGGGAAAAAUACAAUGAAAGAAGAGCUUGAAAAUCAAUGUCAUAAUUAUCUGGCAAGUUAUGCAUCGUUAACAGAAGGCAAGCUCAAAGAAACACUUUAUCAGAAACAAAGUCUGUAGACUAAUUAGAUUUCUCAAUUGCUGUUGUUAUGGGGAUAUUGUACUUGUAAUCUUUUUCAGGUGUGUAACAAUGCUACCAUGUCUUUUUUUAAACAUGAAAAAUAGACUUUUAGGGCUAGGGCUGGGGCUGGGGCUGAGUGGCAGAGUGCUUGCCUGGUAUGUGUGAGGCACUGGGUUUGAUCCUCAGCACCACAUACAAAAAUAAGCAAAUAAAAUAAAGUCAUGUUCUCCAUCUACAACUACCAAAAAUUUUUUUAAAAUACUUUUGAUUUUAAAUUAAAACAAGAUCCAAAUAAUCAUGUCUUUUAUGUUUCCUCUAAAGAAAUCUAAGAUUUUCAUUUUCUGUCAUUGACUUGACUGUUUGAACCUAUAUCUAGAUUUUAAAUAAUAUUUUGAAUCCUAAUAAUCAUAUGAAACUGAUGAAAGUACAUAUCAUUGUUUCUAAUACAUACAGUAUGAACCAUCUUUUGCUGAUCCUUAAGGAUUCCUUCUUGGGCUGGAUGUGUGGUUCGGAGGUAGAGCACUUGCCUAGCAUGUGCAAGGCCCUGGGUUCAAUCUCUAGCAUGGAAAAAAAAAAUCAUUCUUUAGAGUAUGAAGUAGAAAGAGAAUGUAAUUUUCCAAACAUUAGACAUCACUUUCUCAGCUGUUCUGAUGUGACUUCGUGUAAUCUAUCUCUAAUCUUUUUAACUAAUUUUAUGAUCUCAGAUUGGAAGAUAAAUAUAAUCUGGAGUAAUAAAUGUCUUUUACCUAGAUUAUGCCUCUCAUUUGGAAUUUGCCAACGAUGUAGAUAUAAAGGAUGACCAUACUCUCAUCUGUUCCUGGAUGACAUAAAUAUCAUUUGCUUUGUUGUUUAAACUGAAAUAAAGUUUUCCAAGAACAAAAUAAA